UUCUCUCUCCCUCUCUGGGGUACAGAGGGAGCUAAUGCUGCAGUGGUAAUGCGUAGUUUCUGGCAUUAAUGCAGCAUCAGACCUAUCGAAGGCUCUAAUGCAACUCUUUGGAUUUUCCGAUGAGGUCUGGCUGCUGAUUGAGCUGCGAUGGAGCAGGAGGAGGAGGGCCAGGGUUGCGGUGGAGCUGCACUGGCGCCCCAGGUCCUGGCCGCAGGCGAGCUGAGGAAAUGCGCCGAGCUGCUGCAGAGCCGGCAACGGGAGCGCAGGGCGGCGGCCAUGGACGGCGCUGCGCUGGCGGUGCGCGGCUGCCUGGAGCAGGAGGGAGCGCAGGCUGAGCUGCAGCCACUCUUGCUGCUGCUCCUGCGCCUCUCCCGCAGCUGCCCCUUCGCAGACAUCCGGGACAGGAGCGCAGGCAUCCUGCGGGCUGUGCAGGAUCAAAACGUUAAAAUACCUCACCCCAUUGGCCAGGGCCCGAGUUCUUUCAUUCCAGUCAAAGAGAUUCUCCUGGAGGGUCAAGAUGAUGCCGAGAGACAGCUCUUCAUUGAAGCCUUUAUGUCCACUGGUCGUGUGGACAACAUCACCAUGGUGAUGGGCCUGCACCCUCGCUACCUGGAGAGCUUUUGGAAGACUCAGUACUACCUGCUGCAGAUGGACGGCCCCCUGCCCUAUCACUACCGGCAUUACAUCGCUUUAAUGGCUGCCGCCCGUCACCAGUGCUCGUACCUUGUUGGCCUUCACAUCAGCGAGUUCCUGCAGGUGGGGGGGAGCCCCGAGUGGCUGAACGGGUUAAACUCCGUGCCCCAGAAACUGAAGAACCUCGGCGAAAUCAACAAAAUCCUGGCUCACCGACCCUGGCUGAUCACCAAGGAACACAUUGAGGAGCUGCUGCGGGCGGGUGAGAACAGCUGGUCGCUGGCGGAGCUGAUCCACGCGGUGGUGCUCCUCACACACUACCACUCGCUCGCCUCCUUCGUGCUGGGCUGCGGGCUGCGGCCUGACCUCGACCAGGACGGGGGCUUCACCUUCAGACCCCCCUCCCCUCGAAACUGUGACUCCGACAGCUCGUGCAGCAGCAGCGGCUCAGAGGACACCAGCAACGCCAGCACGAGCAGGGAGGAUCUGCGGGAGCUGGAGGUUCUGAUGGAGAAGAUGAAGCUGCUUCAGGAAGGUCGCCAGAGUGAAGAAGCAAGUCAGGAGGAGAAGGCCUCGCGGUUUGAGAAUGAGAAGCGGGAAAGCUUGUUGGUCGCCCCCGCAGACGACAUUGAGUCGCUGUCAUCAACCAACUUGUCGUGCUUUGUCGAAGAUGCGGACUUUGGCUACAAGGACUUCAGUCGACGGGGGGAGCAGACACCACCCACGUUCCGGGCCCAGAAAAUCCGUUUAACCAAUCCCUGA